GGCGUGGUCACUUUAACUGACAGGUGUAGCUGUAUGCUAGGUGUCGCGUCUGCUAAGUGAAGUAACUGAGCUGGGCCUUCUAACCUAGUCUCCUGUGUUUUUAAUUGUACUAACUGUGCCGCAGUUUUGGUGGAGAUGGAGGGACUACGGAUGGAGCAGCCAGGCUGUGUUUCUGCUCUGCGCAGACACCAGAAGAGAAGCAGCCUGCAAAUGAAGCCUAAUAAAAUGAAGAGCUGCUGUUGCUGCUGGAUACUUUCUUCUUCUUUCAAGUGCAUCCCGCGGAGGCUCCCUGACCCCGGAUGAUGCGGAUUUAUUUGCUUUUUUUCAUGACUUAAAAAAAAAUGGAGUAAGUGAACAGAUAUGUAUGUGUAUCUAUAUUUUAAAUUGCAACUCCUGUACCAAUUUGAAUUUUGUUCUAAAUCUGCCGCUGAGGGAAAUUGCCUCCAGUCUUUUCAGUAGUAAGUUCAAUUAAAUCAAACGACAAUUAUUCUUGUUAGGUUGUGGGAGGCUGGCCGCACCCCAUCCUCACUUAGAUUCAUAAUAAUCAAAGGUGGCGGUGUUUAACUAAACUGUGAUCAGUAAAUUGACUGCGGCAAAAGGGGUGCGUAAAGAUGUUUGGAAAGCAUUUAAAUGCGACUAGAAAACGUGUCCGUCGGCCUAUGAAACAGGCAAAAAAUAAAAAUAAAUAAAAUCGCAAGUUUGCCUAAAUUUGCAAGACUAAAUUUGGAAACUGUAGUUUAAAUUACAAGCAGCAUCCCGGGUUUAAUUUAAAGGGAUUGCUCUGCUACAUUUGUCGUAAUAUGCUGUGAUGCUGUGUUGUUUUUUUUUUUAGUUGGUAUUAUUGUUGUCAUCAUCAGGCCUCAGACAGAGAAGCUUCUCAUUUCACAUCAUUGCAGACUUCGCUGUUUCAGUCCCUCUGCUGCCAGGUUCUUCGGACCUAGCCCCAGCGUCACCAAUCGGCUUCCCUCUUGGAGAGAGUGGACCAAUCAGCGACAGUCUUGAUGAAUAUUCAUGAGUCCGAGAUUCAAACCUUUGAGCGAGUUUGUCUUGGUCCACAGCAUCAUUCCUAGGACUUUUCACGGGCACAAACUGCAUUUUCUUAUGAAUGGAAAGAGAAAAAAUCUGUUCGGCUUAAAUUGGGAUCCGUCCUUCACUGAGAUCAUAGAAGGAAAACAACAAAAGCGAGACAAGGGGAACCGCCAGAAGAGAUGACAAUGACUACGAUUCCAGAAAGUCUUAAUAGCCCUGCCUCAGGAAAAACCGUUUUCAUGGAGUUUGGACCCCCGAGUCAACAAAUGUCGCCUUCCUCCAUGUCUCACGGACACUAUCCCAUGCACUGUUUACAUUCUGCAGGUCACACACAGCACGACAGCUACAGUCCAGCCUCGUCGUUCCCCAGAUCCUUGGGUUAUCCAUACGUAAACUCCGUCGGCAGCCAUUCCACCAGUCCAUAUCUCAGCACAGUACAGACUUACCAAAACAGCUCGGGACUCACGCAGACACGAUUAGAGGAUGCAGCGCCAGAAACAGAGAAAAACACAGUGGUGGAAGGCGGAGAGGUGCGUUUCAACGGCAAAGGGAAAAAGAUUAGAAAACCAAGGACUAUAUAUUCGAGUUUACAACUUCAAGCCCUGAACAGGAGAUUUCAACAGACUCAGUAUUUGGCGCUACCGGAGAGAGCUGAGCUCGCAGCGUCGCUGGGUCUCACUCAGACACAGGUAAAAAUUUGGUUUCAGAAUAAAAGGUCCAAAUUCAAGAAGCUGAUGAAGCAAGGCGGUGGUACAAUCGACAGCAACGCUUUGGCCACCGGCCGUGGACUUUCCAGCGGUUCUCCCUCGGUGGCACCUGUCUGGAGCUCGCCGACCACCGUGAAGACUUCAAUGGGCACGACCGGAUCUUACAUUCCCAGCUACACCUCAUGGUACCCAACCACACACCAAGAGUCUAUGCAACAGUCACAGCUCAUGUGAGCAGAGAGCUCAGCAUCAGGAUGGUGAAAGGCCCAGCAGCCGCUGAGCGCGGCUCAGCAUUGAUAAUGCACAACAAACAACAAGAAUCCCGGAGUUUGCUGCCGCAUCCCGCCAGCUGACACAGAGGCCUCCUCAAACCGAAGACGGCGAGCAGCGAUACAGAAGAAGAGAAGAGGUCAGACAGAGUGAAAAGGCGCACAAUGCGCCAGAGGGCAACCAGUCCGUGACCGUCCCUGACAGCGGAAAUCGCAGACAAAAGGAUCAUUUGUUUUUUUGGCUGCUUUUGGUCAUUUUUUUUUUCAAUGUCGGUUUCUGUUUGUUUUCAAACUCAUAUUUGUGUGAACACUUCUGUUGUUGAGCUGUAGGCUACAUGUUUAUUAGAAAACACGUGUUUGUUUACGCCAGGUUGUCGGGGCCCAAGGUGAUGACGGCCUUAAAAAUCAAUUUGCAUUCAUCGACAGUUAAAAAGGCCACUUAGGCCACAGCAGAGUUUCUCUAACCAAAUAAUUAACGAUAAAUUCCAGCGGUAGCCAUCAAGCCGCUCCACUCACAGCGCAUUCAACCGCAGAGCACAGGCUGCUGUGCGCAGAGCCUCGAGAUGCUACUAUGUUGUUUCUAUGUGUUUGUUAUUUAAGUUAAAUUAUUCGGGCUAGUUUUUUCUGUUUGAGGUCAGUCUGUGUUCAGUUUGUAAGCGUGUUUGAAAUGACAACACUGUGUUGUUAAUGCUGCACUAACGCAAGCAAAGCUUUUCUAUGCCGUGCCCCGAUGUUAUGUGAAAAAUGUAAAAGGCCUGACGAUUUGCUGCUUUAGAAAAAAAUUGUCCUGAGGGUGAGCAGCUCAUUUGUCACUGUAUUUUGUACAUAAUUUUCCUUUUUUCUGUUCCUUUUUUGUGCUGUAUACUGGAUACGCUGUGAAACAGGGUUUAGGCUUUGUGUAGCUUACUCGUCGAAAUGUGUUUAGUCAACAUAGGAAAUAUUUAGUUUUGUAUUGAUCACCUUAAUUUAUUUAUCUGUUUCUGAAGUUUAUGUACAUAAUGUGCAAAGUUUCAAAAGCAGUAAAAUAUGAUUUAAAUUA